AUGGCUUCUUAUUCAACCAACUACGACAAUGGAGCCACAAGGUUGAAGCUCUUCGGCCGUGGACAAAGAUCAGUACAUGCUGCCCUAGGUGGCGGCAAAGUUGCUGAUUUGUUGCUAUGGAGGAACAAGAGAGUUUCAGGUGCUGUUCUAUCAGGAGUUGCUGUUGUAUGGUUCCUGUUCGAGGUUGUUGAGUACAACUUCAUUACCCUCCUCUGCCACCUCUUGAUCACAGCAAUGUUAGUCUUGUUCAUUUGGUCAGUUGGCGCAGAGAUUUUCAGAUGGACUCCUCCAAAUAUCCCAAAAUUAGUCUUGAAAGAUUCAACUUUCAGAGAACUAGCUUCAACUGUUCAUAAAAGAUUCAACCAGUUUCUGUCACUGUUUCUGUAUGUGGCCUGUGGAAAUGAUGCAAAGCUCUUCUUUCUGGGAAUACUUUCUCUAUGGUUUCUAGGCCAAAUAGGGAACUAUAUAAACACCUUAAACCUUGUGUUUUUCGGGCUCCUUUGCAUCGAAACCUUACCGUUCCUUUACGACCGAUAUGAGGAAGAAUUUGAUGAUCUUGCCGGUAAGGUGUACAAGCAGAUGAGGAGAACUUACAGGAAAGUUGAAGCUGAUGUUCUUGAAAAAAUACCAAGAGGACCAGUGAAAGAGAAAAAGAAGGCCUAA